AAAGUCAUCAAAUGUGAAACAAGGAUGACAGAAAACGUGAGAUAGAAACAACAAAAAGUUAGGUUUUGCAUUGAGAUAACAGUUUAGCAAGUGAGCAAGUACCAGUGUCAUUUUAUUAGUGAUCACAGUGACCCAGUGUUCUUUUUUUGUCAUUAGAAAGCCAGUCAAUUUUAAUUUAAAAAUAAAAUCCCAGUGCAAUAAAGAUAUCAGUAUGUAUUAAUAAAACGUUAUAGUCUACUUAAUAAAUAUUGGUUUUGAGUUUUUAAUAAAUUUAAAUGCAACAAUACAAAAGUUUUUUCUUAUAACGGCACUUAUAUGGGAAACAUUUUCGAAAGGACAAAUAGGUGACAAAGGCUAAAAUGACUGUGGAGAAGAGUAAAGGUACGGAGAAGAAGGCGCCGGCCACGAGGAAGGUGGCACCAGACGGAGGCUGGGCUUGGAUGGUGUGUUUAGGUGUUAGUUUAGUUAAUUUUUCAACACGUUCUCUUGAACCGUCUUUCGGUCUACUGUUCAAAGACCUUCUGGAUGAUCUCGGUGUACAUACGACCGGGGCCUCGGUCAUCGCCAGUACCCUGGAUUCAGUCGUUAACUUCUCAGGGUUCUUCGUGGGACCAGUUAUAAAGACCUUCUCAUACAGAAAAGUUUGUUUUGUCGGCUCCCUGAUAUGUGCCUUGGGACUUUUAUUUACAGCGCCAGCAAACAGUAUGGGUCAUAUAUUAGCUACAUAUAGUAUUAUUGGAGGUUUCGGAGUCGGUCUUGCCUCGUCAUCGUCCUUCGUGUCACUUAACCAUUAUUUCUCGAAGAAGAGAGGUCAAGCCGUUGGAUUGUCUAUGGCCGGGACUGGUUUUGGCCUCAUGGUUAUGCCGCAGUUAGUUAAAAUUCUACUUGGAGAGUUCGGCUUUAGAUGGACUGUGGUCAUUCUGGGAGGGUUGGCUUUCCACGCGGUCCUUGGUUCUUGUUUGCUACAACCUAUUAAAAGACAUUUGAAAGAGGAGCCUGUUGACUGCGAAAUGCAACUAGUCAAGGAAAUGGAGUGUAUUAACGAGAGUGAUGAGGAAGCGGAUGAUAAAUUCGAAAUAAAUCCUCUAGUGAGUCAUCCUAUGCCGAAACUCCCUAAGCAGCGAUCCCAUACAAAUAUGAACCAUCCGUCCGUAAGAACUAUAGGCCUGCCGAGGGCGAAAACCUACGACAAGCCGCUACAGGACUUCGAUAACCAGAAUACUCCCGGCUUAACCACCGCCGCCUCCGUGGCUGCCAUGCAGAGAGUUAUCUCAAGCGGGAGUAUGAGUGAGGCUGUGAGAAAGAGGAAAGUGUCUGUGAUAUCUAAUAUAUCCAAUAUGGAUUUUACUGGAAGCUACCUUCAGUUGUACAUUGAUGCAGUCGAUGAAGAUACAUUACAAAUGAAAUCAAUAAAGAAGAAUGAACCCGAAGAGAAGAAAGUCGGUUUCAUAAAGAAGUUCAUAAGUCUUAUGGAUUUAGAUUUAUUAAAGGAUUGGUCGUUUUUGAACCUUUUACUUGGUCUUUCCCUAUUCUGGAGUGGGGAGCUUCAGUUCAGAAUGUUGACUCCAUUCUUUAUCAGGAGUUUAGGUUAUACGAUGAAUGAGACUGCGUUUUGUUUGUCAAUGACGGCUAUUACUGAUAUAUGCGUUCGUCUCGUACUGCCACCGAUUUUUGAUAGAACCAACAUCACUAAGAAGAUGAUAUUCUUUAUAUCCGCCUUCUUUUUGGCUGCGACGAGAUCUGUUCUAGCGGAACAAUCUGAAUGGGUGCCAUUGAUGAUAUGGUUGUCGAUAUGCGGUUUCUUCCGUGGCAUGUGUCUUAGUAAUUUCACUCUAACCAUAUCCGAAUACUGCCCGUUGGAAAAACUGCCGGCCGCUUUUGGUCUGCACAUGGUCAGCAAAGGUGUUUUCGUUGUCAUUAUAGGACCGUUAAUUGGUUAUGUGAGAGACUAUACCGGCAGUUUUGCUACAUGUAUUCACGUACAAAACGCCCUUAUAAUGUCAUGCGUUCUCGUCUGGGGUAUUGAAUACGCGCUGGCAUUCACAAGGAGACGAAAGGUUGUUCAGAUAUAGCUUUAUACGUUGUACUUAUUUUGAUGAGAUGUCUACUUUUUUUUUUGAUAGAAUUCUACUCAGAGAUCCUAACCUUGUAGACCGCCAGUGAGAUUCGUUUCACUUGUGAAAGAUUCUGCUUAGUCAGAAGAUUUCCACUAAGCUUAUAGUGACAUUUCAUUGAUUAGAUUUAGAUGUUGAGUAAUUAUCAUAAUGCCACUUAAAUAUUAAUUUACUUAAUAGCAUAAAUACUAAACCAGUAGAAAUUCCAAGUACAAUGAUGUUUUAUUGUUUUUGAAUAUUUUAUUUUGGUACUUAUUGUGAAGGAAGUUUUGUUAUUUCUUAUUUUAUUUUAAUAAUAAUAAAAAAAAAAAAUGGGCUCGCCUAUUAUAAUGUGAAACAAGGCUGAGCACAUGAACUUAUAAAAUAUAAUAAAUUUUUUUAAUAGGGUUGUACCUAACUUGUUAAUGAAGUUCCAUUAAUAUAAACAAGAACUUAGGCAUAUUUUUUUUUAAUGACAUAUAUUUUUUGCUUUUUAAUUGAAUAUCCGAGAUAAGUCAACGCUGCUGUAAGCAGACACAUACUUAAUAAAUACAAUGAAAUCUUUUUCUUUGAAUUUUUGCAACUAUAUACAAUUAAAAAUGCCAAAUAUAUUACUUUAGCACAAAUCCUUAUACGAACUAAGCUCUUAAAUGACAAGCAGUAAAGUAUAAAUAUUUAGAACAUUAUUUUUUUUAUAUAGAAAUCACUAGAUUUCAUAUUUUAAAGUUUUUUAGAUGACUGUAGUUUUGAAAUGUUUACUUAAUUUUUAACUUAGGACUUGAAUAGACCCGUUCGGACUGCUGUUUUACUGAUUGUUGAUCAUUAUUCAUUAUUGUGUACUGAUAACAAUUAUAGAAUGAUAAUUUCAAGAAAAUUUAGAUUUUAGAAAAAUACACUUACUGAAAGGAAAGUCAUCGUAAUCUUUUUUAUAUAACACACCCUGUAGAUGUUUUUAGUAUAGUACGUGUAUUAUUAUAGCGAUUUUUUCUCUGUUAUAAAUUAUAUGAUUCCAUAGAAAUGUAUUCAUCAAUUGGAAUUGUCAUUCAGGAAGAAUCCUCUUUCGUUUUGUGUAUAAAAAACAUUGUUUUAAAAUGUCUCGUGCCAAGUUUUAAUUUCCAGGCUAAAGCCCAGUAUACACUAUAGUUAUAUUGUCUGUUCUAUGAUUCCAUGGCAAAAACGAUGUAUUUCUAUAAGUCUUGAAACUGUUUAAUUAAAAUUAAUUGUGUAUAGUGACUUCGAAUAAACAUAUUUUUUUAUCCUAAUAUCGAGUUUCAAAAACAUAGAUAUAAUCUGUGUUGUGUACACUGGGCUUUAUUUUUAAAUGAAAUUUGCCAAAAUUUACUCUAUAUAUAUAUAUAUUAUGUUUACACAUUAUUCUGUAUUUUUUUUAAUUCUGGUUAUAUGACAUUUGUUAUAAGUAUAAAUGUUUCGUUAUCUUCGACAUCCUAGUGUCACAGUAAUCCUAUUUUUACGUCUUCCAAAAUUAUUUAAGCUUCCAAAUCAUUGCUUUUGAUAUGUGAUUUAUGUGACCAAAUAAUAUACCUAACUUUUGAUAAAAUCAUUAUUAUACUUAAAUGAAGCGUCACAGUGUGGCUCAUUUGUGUUAAUUAUUUUAUCUUUAUAAUACACACAGAGCUACAUUUGAAUGUAAUAUUGAACAUUCAUUGUCUCUGUGAUUAUCACGAUUAUCCUUUGUCUGUACUAAAAAUGUUAUAAAUAAUGAAAUGUGUGUGCCAAUUGUAUAUAAUAAUAAUUGUACUGAUUUAUAACCAGCUUUUCUAUUCGCCUGUUAUUCAGGUAAACUAUCGCUCUAGUUUAAGUGUAUGUGUUGGAAGCCAGUGAGAAAUUUAAAAUAUUUUUUUUUUUCAAUUAAAUCGGUCCGUUAUUUUUGUGGGUGUCUUUAACUGCACAAUAAGACUAGUGACUGUAUACUAACCUGUCAAUAUUAAAUUAGAAGCUCUCUCAAUUAAUCAGAAGUGUCAAAGUGUAUAAAACUUUUAUUUUAAUGCAUUAUUAUUGUAUAGGGUGUGGCCCCCAAAUCUAUUUUCAAAGUAUUGUGAUCUAUAACGUACGGAUAGUUUUUUUCAGUAGUAUUACAAAAAAAAAAUAUCUUUUUUAUAUUUAGUGACACUAAAUUUGAUUCUGAUAUUCUCGCAUAUUGGAACCCUAAAUUGCUAUCUGUUAAUCAAAGAACCGCUGUUUUAGGGGCCCAAUGAUAAUCAGCUUUUUUUUCAAUUAGAAUUCUAUUAAAUCCUUUCAUAAAUAUGUUACGUAGAUUAAAUGAAGGUUUAUUUUUUGACUAACUAGCCUUGUUACAUUUGUAGAAAUUAAAUAUUUUUGAUACAAUCAUGAAAUAUGUAUAACAUAUCAGCUGUUCUUGACAUUAUACUUAAACCAACGUCAUGUGAUGGCGCGAAUUUUAGAAUUCUUUAAAUACAUUAUCCUAUAGAAAAUCAAUAAUUUUUUUUCUUUCAAGCAUUUUGUUCAGUGUGCAUGGUACAAGUUUUCAUUGUCACAUACAAAGCGUUUCCCGCAUCUCAUGCAGUACUCUUGGAACAAUGACGUUAUUUAUGAAUGUAAAACUGUGAACGCUGCGUUUUGUGACGAUGUCAGCUCGGACUAAGCAUGCUUUCUAAAUAUUUAUGUAUGUUAUGUUGUAUUACUGCGAUUGUUUUAAUUAUUAUUAUUAUUAUAUCACGUAAUGUGACUGUCGUUUUGUGUAUGAAUGACUGCAUAAAUGACAUGAAAAUUUUAAUCUUGACUUUUAUAAAAAAAUAAUAUCUAAUAAAGUACUUAUUGGUUACCGA